GGAAACGGUGUCGACGCUUCCUCCCGCACAGAUGGAUCCCAGCACCUGUGGCAGGCGGGUGAAUCCCGGUCCCCGCCAAGCAGGCUGCCCUCCCACGUUCCAGAGGGCUGCUUUUCCCCAGGUGAACGGUGUCAACCUCCGGAAUGCCACGCAUGAACAAGCGGCAGCAGCCCUGAAGAGGGCUGGACAGACUGUCACCAUCGUGGCCCAGUACAGGCCGGAAGAGUACAGCCGCUUUGAGUCCAAGAUCCAUGACCUCCGAGAGCAGAUGAUGAACAGCAGCAUGAGUUCGGGCUCUGGCUCCCUUCGAACCAGUGAGAAGCGGUCCCUCUACGUCCGGGCCCUCUUUGACUACGACCGAACUCGGGACAGCUGCUUGCCCAGCCAGGGACUCAGUUUCUCUUACGGGGACAUUUUGCACGUCAUCAACGCCUCGGACGAUGAGUGGUGGCAGGCGAGGCUGGUGACCCCUCACGGCGAGAGCGAGCAGAUCGGAGUCAUUCCCAGCAAGAAGAGGGUGGAAAAGAAGGAACGGGCGCGCUUGAAAACAGUGAAGUUCCACGCUCGGACAGGCAUGAUUGAAUCCAACCGGUUGAUCAAAACGAAACGUAAAAAGAGUUUCCGUCUCUCUCGAAAAUUCCCCUUUUACAAGAGCAAAGAGAACUUGGCUCAGGAAAGCAGCGGACAGGAACAGGGAGUGACCUCAAACACCAGUGACAGCGAGAGCAGUUCCAAAGGACAAGAGGACACGAUUCUCUCCUACGAACCUGUGACAAGGCAGGAAAUUCACUACGCCAGGCCAGUGAUUGUUUUGGGGCCCAUGAAGGACCGAGUCAACGAUGACCUCAUCUCAGAAUUCCCACACAAGUUUGGAUCCUGUGUGCCCCACACUACCAGGCCACGGCGUGAAAAUGAAGUGGACGGUCAAGAUUACCACUUUGUGGCCUCACGGGAGCAGAUGGAGAAGGACAUUCAGGACAGCAAAUUUAUCGAAGCUGGGCAGUUCAACGACAAUCUCUACGGGACCAGUGUCCAGUCGGUGCGGGCGGUGGCUGAGCGGGGGAAGCACUGUAUCCUGGACGUGUCGGGCAAUGCGAUCAAAAGAUUGCAGCAAGCACAGCUGUAUCCAGUGGCGAUUUUCAUCAAGCCCAAGACCAUCGAAGCGCUCAUGGAGAUGAACCGGAGGCAGACGUACGAGCAGGCCAACAAGGUCUUCGACAAAGCCAUGAAGUUGGAGCAGGAGUUUGGAGAGUACUUUACAGCCAUUGUACAAGGAGACUCCCUGGAAGAGAUUUACAGUAAAAUCAAACAGAUAAUCGAGGACCAGUCUGGGCAUUAUAUCUGGAUCCCGUCCUCUGAGAAACUGUGAUGUCCCCCUCCUGUCAAUCAACCCGUUAGAAGAUCAGCGACCCUUCCCCCGCCCUCUGCCCCGGAGCGGGGAGGGGGAAAGCUCCCCGCCCCUUUUCUAGGUGGUUGACAAUUGCGUUUUCUAGUCCCGUUUUUCUUUUCCUUGGGAUGGACCGGUCUCCUUCAUCAAGUGACUGUCCCCACCAUUCCUGCAUGGACUAUCCUGCUGCUCCCCUAGAAACGGAGACAAACCCCAUUUGAGAGUUUUUUCUGUGCUUUUAACUAAGAAAAUACAUCAACUGUUGAAAUCAGAAAGCGAGAGGCAGGAGGUGGCGGCCGUGGACAACUAGCCUCAGGAGCCACCGAUGCGACACGUGGACAGUUCCUGCCCCUCUAAGUGGAAGGGAGACUGGCAGCCUGUCCACUUUACCAAGAGGAAAAGGCAACCGAAUGCUUUUAUUUAUCUAGAUAUGUAAUUUUAUAUAUAUAAUAUAUGCUCUAAAUAUAUACAUAUAUAUGACUAGAGAAUGUUCUGAAUAUAGUCAUAUAUAUAUAUAUAUAUAUGUACACAUACACACACGCACACACGAGACUAGAGAAGACGAGGGGGCUGCUGGAAUGUUCUUUGUUAGCAAAAGAAUUGCCGCCUUGCCUCAGCCAUGGGGACAGGAAACGCCGUGGAGGUGAAGUUCAUGGUACGGAGCGUUUUGGGGUGCUGCUCUGUGGUUCUUCCAAAGCCGACUUCUGCAUUUGGAAAGAGAGAAGCCAGCACUGGGAUCACGGAGCAAACAGAGGGCCCGGAACCGCGUAACAAGCUACAACAAUUUAUUUGAGCACGCAAAAGCAAAAGGAUAAUGCUACAUAUUAACCGCACAUUGUUUUAUGUCACCUGAUGUGUUUGCAUGAGGUUUUUUUAAGCUGCUGUUAAACCAAAAUCAUGUUUGUGUUGGUGUGUUGGCUUUUCAUUAUUCCAAGCUUUUGAUUUUAAUAAUGAACUGAACGGGUAUACAAUCCAGUUUUUUAACUUAUUUUUUAAGAUUGUUCCAUUGUAAAUAGUUUCCAGACCCAACCUACAGACCGUGCGGAAUGAGCACAGAGGCUCUUCUGUGUUGCAGUCGGGUCACUUGGAGAGACCCCACCCCACCCCACCGACUUGUCCUGGGGAAGAAGAACAUGGAGGAGGAGUUGUUCCGUGCAGCGGGAAGCGGGUUGCAGCUGGGGAUGGGAAGAGAAGCGUGUGCCUUGGAGGGUCGCUCUUUCCACCAUGGUUUCAGUGGGACAUUGACUCAAGAACCUGGGAAGUCCUUAUUCUAGCAGAAUUGUGCCCAAUUCUGGCUGCAACACUUGAAGCCCUUCCUGACCAGGCUAAUCCUCAGAGGCUCCGUGAAGAAUCGCACCCUCCGUCUUACGUUCUGCCUCCACCUGAUCCUCGUUGCAGAGAGGGAGCCCGGCCUUCCGUGCUGCCAACGCGUGCUGGCAGUUCUUCAGGAUAGCCCAAGGCAGGGGCAACUGGGAACGCGCUCUCUGUGUGGCACAGACUGUUCGUCUUCCGUGGACUGCGGCCAGCUGCUAUAAUGGGAAGCCUUGGUUUGUGGUCAUGUCAAGUGUGUAGACUGUAGGUGCAAAAGGAGUUUUCUAUUACCGAACAAGAGAAUGCAGUUGGAUUGGUGGAAGUUCUGGGUGGAGUUUUCAAGCCUUGCUGGAUGGGUGCAAACCCCCCGUGGGCCGGAGGAGGAGAUUUGCCCACUUUUGCCAUCUUGCCCCAAUCUCAAGUUUGAAGGAGAGGAUUGUGCCCAUCUCGUUUCCAUGGAGCGAGAGCCGCGGCUGCUAUAGGAGGGGAGAUCCGAGUUGCCUUAGUCCCAGUGCCCCGGGUGGGACGGGGCCUCGGCUUGUAGCAGGUUGAUGCUGUCGGCUCCAUCGCUGGUAGGUAGCUGUAUCAUUCAUUGUGUGAUUUGUGCACGGCCUUCAUUGUUCAACAUGGGUGAAAACUGUCCUCCUGCGGAGAAUCAUUCUGGUAAGCGAGAAGCCAUUCCCACAUCAGCUAUGUGGCAAGAACCUCAAGUGGAGCUUUGGGAGGACCAGAGCUGCUGCGGUCCACUGGUGAAGAACCAGCAGGAAUCCCUGGCGGGAGGAUUUGGGAGAGGCCACCACCGGCUUCCUCUGCUCAGCUGGUGUUGCAAGACACGCUCUGAAGAACCGGGCUAUGCAUCAAUAGAAACAGCUCUCGAGGUGGCUCGUCUCCCGUGACUUUAUUUUGUAAUAGCCGGUCACUGUCUUCUAGGCUCAUGGAGGACGGGCCUGCCGCCUCCUCCGUGGCGUAGCUGAAAGUAUCCAAUCAUGACACUAGUUGGUUUACCAGUGUUUCUUCCAAGGAGACAUAUAUUUUUAAUAAACGAACAUUGCAAUGAA